AUGCAACUCAACCCCUGGUGCCCUCGGGUUAUGGCCCUGGCAGCGAUUAUAUACGCCACUACCACAACGGCCACCUCACUGGAAGACGCCUGCACGGUCAAUUAUGUUCAAUCCAAGCUCCCAGGAUCCGAUCUCGCACAAGGGAUCACUAUCGACCCAUCCUCUGUCACCACGAACACCGUCUAUAACGCAUCUAUAGGCACGGACGAGACCUUUUUCCCAGCAGCCACUUUCUCUUACUGCAAUGUUACAUUCGCAUACUCUCAUGAUGGCCGCGGCGACCAAGUUCUCGUCAAAUAUUGGUUGCCAGAUCCCGCCAAGUUUGAAAAUCGUUACCUAUCCACUGGCGGCGGAGGCUAUGCGAUCAAUUCGGGGGAACAGUCUCUUCCGGGGGGCAUUAUGUACGGUGCUGUCGCAGGAGCCACCGAUGGUGGAUUUGGCAGCUUUACGACCCAGGCAGACGCCGCAAUGCUUCUGGCCAAUGGCACUAUCGACUAUGAAACAUUAUACAUGUUUGGGUAUAAGGGCAUCUAUGAGCUCAGCAAGAUCGGAAAGCAGUUCACUCGCAAUUUCUUCGACAUGGCCGAGACUUCCAAGCUCUACUCCUACUACCAAGGCUGCUCUGAGGGUGGCCGUGAAGGCUGGAGCCAGAUUCAGCGGUUUGGAGACGAGUGGGACGGUGCAGCUAUUGGAGCACCUGCUUUCCGGUGGUCUUUCCAGCAGACCCAGCAUCUCUAUUCCAACAUUGUCACACAGACCCUGGAAUACUAUCCACCCCCUUGUGAGAUGGAGAAGAUAGUCAACGAAACCAUUUCCGCCUGCGACGCCCUCGAUGGACUGAAGGACGGUGUUGUCUCUCGCUCCGACCUCUGUCAAUUGCACUUUGAUAUCUCCUCGGUCAUUGGCAAACCCUACUAUUGCGCCGCCUCAUCCAGUGGUGGUGGUUACGGAAGCCAACGAAAGAGACAGAUGUCUUCGGCGGCGACCCCCGUACAGAACGGGACGGUCUCUAAAGAGGGGGUGGAGGUUGCGAAAGAAGUUAUUCGUGGCCUUCGCGAUUCGAAAGGUCGACAGGUGUACCUGUCAUAUCAAGUAGCCGCGAGUUUUGCCGAUGUCACAACCCAAUAUAACUCGGCCACAGGGGAAUGGGAGCUGGAGGUUGACGGUCUCGGGGCUGAACAUAUCGCCCUGCUCGUGGACAAGAACGGCACAGAUCUCUCAACCCUCGACGGCGUGACCUACGACACCCUGAAGAACUGGAUGAUCAGUGGCAUGCAGGAGUACGGCUCAACCUUGCAAACCAAUUGGCCUGAUCUGACCCCAUUCCAUGAAGCCGGGGGGAAGGUGAUUCACUUCCAUGGAGAAGCAGACAACAGUAUCCCCGCUGCAUCGUCCGUUCGAUAUUGGGAAUCUGUGCGCAGCAUCAUGUACCCCGAUUUGUCCUACAAGGAGGGUGCCGCCGCCCUCAAAGAUUGGUAUCAGUUGUACCUUGUCCCUGGGGCCGCACAUUGUGGUACCAACGAGCUCAUGCCCAACGGUCCUUUCCCGCAGACUAACCUGCAGGUUCUUAUCAACUGGGUGGAGAAGGAUGUGAAGCCGGUUACCCUCAAUGCCACCGUUCUCCAGGGGGAGCAUGUUGGUGAGAACCGCCAGAUCUGCGGCUGGCCGCUCCGUCCGAAGUGGAAAGCUGGGAAGAUGGAGUGCGAGUACGACCAGGAGUCGAUCGACACCUGGCAUUACGAUUUGACCGGUGUGCCCGUGCCUGUCUACUAG